GGUAUGGGUGCGCGCACGUCCGACCCGUCGCCUCAUCGCCCCGCCUCCUUCCUACGGCCGCCGUCACCGUGUUGUUGUCGUUGAUGACGACGGCGACGGCAGAGGUGGUGGAAGAGGAGGAGGAGGAGGAGAGGGGUUGGAUGCUUAUGGAACAGUUUAACCCCCUCCCCCAACCCACUUCUUACCCCAAACGCAACCCCGUUAGAACAUGGCCAGCCCGUAUCACGGUCAACACUGUUCGAAGGAAAGGCUUGGCUGUCGACAGGAGCUUGACACUUGGAGGCACAAAGUUAUCCGCUGUGUAGGGUUUGAAAGCUUUUUGGAUUGGCUGUUUGGACCUUGACUUCUAAAAGAUAUCAGCCUGUUUGAAGACUGAGCUACAGAUGUUUCUGACUGGUCAUUUGAUGAAAACUGUCUCUUUUGUUGCUUGAGAAGAACAAAACUGAAGGAACAUUUACUGUUCUUGAACAACCAAAAUCAGAAUUUGGAGAAGAGAAGUUGUCCAGACAGGAACAAACCAAAAUCAGCCCUUUGAGAAACAAACUGAAAAUCCCUCAAUGCUGUACUUCAGUAAAAAGAUAAUCUGUGGGUUGUGGACCCCACUAUUCCUUUAGUGGUUCGUGAGAUUAUGCAUCGAAUGAUCAGGGAGUUUGCCACUGAAUAUACCUCAAAAACUAGCACUUCUCAGGACUCUACUGUACUCUCUAGCAACAAGGACCAAAGUACAUCUAAAACACCUGUGCUCAGUGCCAGUGCUCCAAAUCCUGUUUUCAACAAGGUUCUUAUGGCUGAUCAAGAUAGACCAUUGGACCUAACUGUAAAAAAAUCCAACUCUGAAUCAGACAAUCAAGAUGGUGUGCUUGAUCUGUCUACUAAGAAAAGUCCUUGUGUUGGCAAUGUUUCUGCAAGCAAGUUUCUGGAUUGCUCAUCCUCUACUGUUUUAGCCAAAGGCACCAGCAAGAUAACAAGUCAAGAAUUGCAACUCAGUGAAGAGCCGCAGGGAUCCCUGGACCGGUUUAUGGCCAAGCUGUGCAGACAUCACCAGAAGCAGUUCAUGAGCGUGCUCAGCUAUAUGGGUCCUGAGUCAGAGUUGCUGGAGCAUGAAGACAUGGCUGCCUCCAGCCCACCACCCCAGCGGCAGCAGGCCAGAAGCACUGGAGAUCCCUUGAGGAGCAGAGACACCUUCCAGACAUGCCCUUCCUUUAGUCGAGGGGCACCAAUCCAGAGUGGCUUGAACUGUGAGAAUGGCACAGAGGACAAAGGGACUCCUGGUGAGAGUCCUCUCUUGACGGGGAGUGAAGGCUGUGCUGCUACCUCUGCAGAACUGCCGGCAGCUUUGGGUGGCUCUAGUAGCAUUGCUGGGGCAAGGUCCUCCUCUAAAGGUACAUUGACAACUAACUGCCAUAAAAUGGGGAGCUUGGAAGCUUUGCAAAAGGAAACUGUGAAUCGGAAGUUGAUCAGCAGCUCACCGUUGGGUCUGUCCUCUGGCGACUGCCCGCCUAUGCGUAGUCCUAGCCGAAUAGAAGGAACAAGUUCUUGCAAUCAGAAAAACAAAGCAGAAGGUGCUGUCACUGCUAGAGGUCAGAAAGAGUCUCUCCAAGCUCUCCCUGUACAGUUACUGAACCUGAGAAAGAACUUGAUUAAAAAUCAGAAUGGCCCUCAGGCCCCCACAGGCUCGGACCACAAAGCAGUUAAACGUGCGGUGGUUCACGGGAGCCCUCAGGAAAAUGUCGCUACCGCCAAAAGGACUGUUAGAGGUAAUCACAUGCUUCCAACAGCCACAAGCGCCAAAGAUUGCUGGGUCCUCUCCAAGACCCGUCCUGGUGGGCGAGGUGCCAGUGGACGCCUGCGGUUAAAGGUGCAAUCUCCCCUCAUCAAGACGGCCAGAAAGAGCAGCAGGGUGACUGUUCCGCGGGCACGCUCUUCCACGUCGACCGUGUGCCAGUACGUGAACGAGCACGACAACCAGUGCGACAUUGUGUAUAUCAGUAAGCCUAUCACAGAAUGCCGCUUUGACGCACAGAGGUCCUGGUCUUCCACGAGAAAGACAGCGAGGAAGAGUACUCGUGGGCACCUCUGCAAUGAAGAGUACUGGGAGCUAAAGACAGUUCGCACUUCGGCCAGGAAGGAGAGCCUUACCUCUUUUGUUUCCAACCUGCCUGCCCCAGUGACCUUGAAACCAAUAGUUACUCUGCCUGUUAGUGGUAUUCCGCUGGCAGUUGGCACAGGUAUUCAUGGGGCAGAGGGGCAGGGAAAAGCACUGCUGAAUCAAGAGCUCGAGGAGAGUCUAAGCUUAAAUUGCUUGGAAAGCUCUGCAGAGAAGGUCGUCGGUGUAAGUCAGACACCUAGUGUGUCUUCCAUGAAUGGCAGCAGUCCAGAAGGGGAACAGAAGAGGUGCACUCACAAGCCUAGCAGCCCCGGCUCUGAAAACUGUCUGGCGGCAGUCAGUAAUGUUCAGGGUCCCAACAUUCAUGGUAGCAAAUUCACCACAGUAUGGGCUGAUCCCCAAAAUCAAAACGAAAACAUGCUAGCUGUUUGCCCAAGUGCAGAGCCACGCUGCGAGCUUCUGGAGGAAUGUAAGAAUACCGAACAGACCCCAUCAGGACUGGAACAGAUAGGUAAGGAAAGUGACGAGGAGAAGUGUAUCUCAUCAACAAAGGGCAGGAGGUCUCCAAAUCACUCAGAGCCCAGUCUGAAUAAUGGGAGUCAAGACCCUUUUGUGCCCUCUUUAGAUGAUGUGGAAGUCAGUCCUGUUAAUGGUGUUGAGAGUAGCCUUCCUCUUUGGGACCAGUACAGCAAAGAGAACAAUAAUAGCAGUGAAAUGUUAAAUGGAGAUUCAGCAGAGUUGAGCCAUAGUCUCUGCGAACCAACAGUGGAAUCCCAACCACCUGAACAUUCAAACAAGUCAGUUGAAAAUAUUGGAAAGGUGGAGGGAGAAAAGUUACUAACUGAUAAAGAGGAGCCCAAAGAAUCAGGGAUUACGUUAUCUGUACCAGCCGUAUCUGCCUCGUAUCCUGUCGCAUCCAAGAGUGAUUUGCAUCCACAGCCACCUUCCACAGAUGAAGGCAAAAGCGGGUGCAGUGACCCUGGAGAGUCUACCCCGGAGGUGAUGGAAGGUCUGGGAACUGAUAGCACUGAGUUCAAUACAGAAGUGAGCAAUCUGUGUCUGGGAAAGAAGAAGCCGGAAGACUUUGAUGCAAGUGUGCCUGACUGCAAAAGGGAGGAAGACAUUAGGUCCAUGAGAUCCCUCAAGUCUGGCAUAAAUUACAACAAAGAGGAGAGGUCUACUCCACCUGCUACAGAAAAGAAAAAGCCACGUAAGAAGUUGAUUCCACCUACUUCUGACCGACAUUUAAGGAGUCGACAAGUGCAACCACAGCCCGUGGCCAAUGGAGGUAAUAUUAAGGAAGAGCCAGCGGAUAGUGCUGAUGGCUUACUAGUCCCCUGUCUCAGUGUGAAAUUCCCGAGGAAUCAAGAUGAGCAAGGAUACAGGAGGGAAGUGUGCAUCAGCAAAGUGGCGUCCGUUCAGUUUCCAGUGGACUGCUUCAACAAGACCCUUUUGCAAAGCAUUGUUAAUCCCGAGAGCAGGGUAGAUGAAUCACUUGCUACCACUUCUGUGAAAGCUUCUGGAAAAGUGAGAAAGACUGCAUCCAAGCAGGUUACCUCUCAGACUUUAGCUGAGGAACGGGAGAACUCAGAAGAUGAAGAGUUGAUCACUGACAGUUUUCUACGUGAGAAAAACCACCUCAAACGAGGUCGAAUUCUCGAGGUCUGUGUGGAUGUAAAAUCAGUUGAGGAGAGGCAAGUUUCCUUUUCUGUUCAAAAUGCUGAAGCCAAUAGUGUUUCGGAGCACUCCAAAGGCUCUGUGGAUGAUGCAAGCCAUCAACAAUCAGGUUUGCGAAAGACAAAUGCCCACAAAGGAAGUACAAAGCGGGCGAGUGGUGGCCUUACAAAGAGGGCAGCCAGCUUUGGGUCUUCACAUCAAAUGACAAAGGGAAUAAUUGCAAAAGUGUCAUCAGGGGACAAGAAGACCAGUAUUGGAUCACGUGAAUUGAGAUACUUGACAAUGUCCGUCAACAGGUCUGAAACAAGAGUGUUGGAAGAGGACGCUGAAUGCACUAAUAGAAAGCAGUCCACCCAUCUUCUCCAGAGGGAGGAAGAGUCUGAUCCAGCUGACAUGAAUGAUGCCAAUGCUACUGAAGUCAGCCGACCAAAAUUUUUGGAUUGGUGCUCAGAAGAUGAAAACCAGGAGCUGAUCACCACCUUGAACGCCAAAUAUGAGAGUCUUCACAAGGCAUGGAUUCAGAUGGAAAAGGAUGGGACAGUGAUUCAAAAAGCCAAAUCCAGGUCUGAUCGGCUCAAGGAAAUUUGGAAAAGUAAGAAGAGGACACGCAGGGUCCGAGGAUUGUAUGACCACAAAGUAUCUCCAGUGCAGAAACUGUUUAUGGCCAACUUCAGCUUGGCCAGUAUUUGCAAGUGGUUCAUGGAGACAACAGAGACCAAGUCUCUGGUGAUUGUCAAGAAUGUCAGUGCCAGGAAUCCAGUGGAAUCCAUAAAAAGCAAGACGUUCCUGCAGAAAAGCUCCAUGGUUGGCCUUUUCCCUAGUCCACAAGCCGAGCGGCUGAAGAAACACCUGAAAAAGUUUGCCAUGGCCUCGCCUGCCCGAAGCAACCCAAAGACACGGGCACUGUUGGACAAGGUACAGAAGAUGAACUUGGUGGAAGGAGAGCUGACCAGGCAAAAGCAGCUGGGCCUACUGCCAGAUGCUGGAGGUGGCCUCUUCCCCAGGGACCUCUUUCUGGCCAAAGAGCCAGGUGGCCAAGAGGAAAGGGAUGGCCCUCCUUCAGGUAGGACGGCGCUGCAGCUAUCCAAACACUUGGGGCUGAAGAAACCUGUCAGUGCAUGGAUCCUGAGGAAGUACUCUAACAUGAUGGGAAAGCUCCACAAAUUUCAGCACGGGAAAGAGAAAGCGGGGCGAAAAUCCCCAGGAAAGCACAAGAGCAUUUGCAUGAAUCCCCUUGUCUCGCCCAAGCCUACCUCGCAGACCCAGCUAGAUUCCCCCAGGGGCCUUCUACCUGCUGCCCCUCGUAGAUCAGAGAAGAAGAAGGGAUCCAGGGACGUUACAGUGAAGGAGUCUCACUUAGGACGGGGAAAGACCUCUAAGUCUGAGGCUGUCUCCCUUGUGGUUCCAUCCAAGUCUGUACCCAAGCGAUUCCCAGCAAGUCGGAAACCUAGAGUUGACAGCAGUUCUAGCAAACAGCCAGCUCCCAGGAAAGCUGGCGGUAGCGGAAAGUCUAGCAGUCUGCUCAUAAAGACCUUUCCGAAGAAUGUAGAGAAGCGAUCUGCUGGUACUGGACUGAAAGUAGUUCCAAGGGCCAAGAGCAGGACCGGUCCUGGAAAAGAGGUCAAAGGAAAAAAGGUCAAGGCUAAGAGAAAGAGUGGUGUGGGCAAGGAGCGACUGAGCAAACCAGCCCAGAAGAAGGCUGGGUCCUCAGCCAAGGCCAGACAGCGGAACAAGACUGGCACCAAAAUUCAGAACAAGGCAGUCACCCCAGCCAGGCUCAGGCCAAAGUGUGAUGCCUCGUCAGAGGCCAAGCACAAUAAGAAGCGCAAGCCAAGUGAGAGGGGUGAGCCAGUCCCCAACAAACGGAAGCGGACAGAUGCAAAAUGACAGUUGCCCAAAGGGCUCACUGUAAAUUACUGUGUCUUUAACAACAAAAAAACAGUUGACACCAGGAAGCAUUAAUUGUCGAAGCUGCUUUUAUAAUCUUGAGACAAGCCUUUGAAAUCACAGAGGAAAGAACUCGACUGUGAUCCUAAUUUUAUUUUUCUAAGCACGUAAGCAGAUGUCUUGUAAAGAAAAUACAGGGAACUCCUCCUCCUAGCCCCCCUCCUAACUGUGAAUAGAGUUUUUAUA